AUGAAAAUUGUCGUCGUAACUUCUAGAGUAAACAAGUAGUCAGGUACCACCCUACCCUCCCAGUACCAGCAUGCAAGAACGGUAAUGGAAGUAUGGAACCUGAAGCCAUGUCCUGCCUGUCGGAACCACUGACAACCGGGGACUAUAUAUUGAAAUCAAAGCUGGGAGAAAGUUCUUUUUCCACAAUUUGGAAAGCAAUGAGCAAAUCAAGCGGAGAAGUAGUGGCAGUGAAGCAAGUUUGUCUUUGCAAGCUUAGCAAACACCUCACCAACUGUUUGGAUUGUGAGCUUAAUUUUCUGUCCUCUGUCAACCACCCCAACAUCAUUCGCCUUCUCCACGUUUUUCAGUUGGAAAGUUGUUUGUUCCUGGUCCUGGAGUUCUGUGCUGGAGGAGACCUAGCCUCUUACAUUCGGCAUCAUGGAAGAGUUCAAGAGAAAAUAGCUAGAAGAUUUAUGCAGCAACUUGGAGCUGGUUUGGAAGUUUUGCAGUCCCAUCAUAUCAUUCACAGAGACCUGAAACCAGAGAACAUUCUACUGUCUGGCUCCAAGGAUGAUUUGGUACUGAAGAUAGCUGAUUUUGGUCUUUCAAGACGUGUAGAUCCAGGCAAGUAUGCUGAGACAGUAUGUGGAUCCCCAUUGUAUAUGGCUCCAGAAGUACUACAAUUUCAAAGAUAUGAUGAGAAGGUUGACAUGUGGAGUCUUGGUGCAAUUCUUUUUGAGCUUCUUAAUGGUUACCUACCUUUCCAUGGUAGGACUAAUGUUCAGCUACUUCAGAAUAUCAAAUCAUGUACAUGCCUUCCGUUUUCGAAGCUCAUUCUUCCAGGAUUACAUCCAGACUGUGUUGACAUAUGUUCAAGACUUCUUUCUGUAAAUCCAGUUCAUCGCCUGUCCUUUCAAGAAUUCUAUCAGCAUAAGUUUUUAGAACAAAAAGAAUGGGAAACUAAAAGCAACUCUCAUACUUGUGAGUUUGAAUGCUGCAGAAUUCAUUCCAAGCCUUCGUGUCUGCUUUGCUUCUCUCACAAUGAAAGAAGUCUUGCGUUGUGAAUUUUCUCAGGUAUGCUGUAGAUUAGACUGGUGUUUUUAUCAAGUUUGGUGAUUUAGAGAGGUAUAUAAGGGGGAAUUUGGUGUCCCACCUUGGGAUUGCAAUCACCAUAGCACCUAGAAAGCUCAAUAGCGGUUAAAGCCAACUGCAGAGUAUGGCAGCAAUGACUUGCAGCCAUUACAAGUUUGGAGCAACCUCCACACAGCAUCAUUUUGGGGUGCUAAGGGCACUGCCAAACCGAUCCUUUUUAUCUGGAUAUCUCUUACAGCUGACCUUUUUGGCAAGUUCGGUCAGCUGAUUCAUUUGUAUGUUAAUGAGUUUUAGAACACUAACUUGUAUUCAGCAUACUUACCACUUUUGAUGCUUAUACAGCACGUUUGGUUUGCGAAAUAGAUAGGAAUAGAAUAGAAUAGUUA